CACUUGCACCCAAACAUACCAACUUGUAUUCGGUGUGCAUCUUCGGCACACUCACCCGUUCAGAUAUUCGGAUCCAUCCGGAUAAACUUUCCAAUUUGUUGCAGAACAAAGAACUCACACUCUCAUAUCUUCACAGUCUUCAAUGGCCUGCAUCUAACCCACUGUUCAAUACCUAUCUAAACCCUUUCCAUAAACCCUAAUUCAUCACAAUUCACACAACAUGCUACCCACACAAAUACGAACAACACCUGAUAAUCUUAUACUCCCUAGGGUUCUUUCAACCCAACCCACCAUUACCCUUCACAAAUCACUCUUUAUCAAAACCCCACUUCAAAAAGAUUCGAACUUUAUUCAAAUUAGGCAAAAAAGACUCCAUUUCACAUGUGGGUUAUUUAGAAAACCGGAUUCGGGUCAGAGUAGUGAUGGGUCGGCUCCAGUUACAACCCAAGAAGAUUUUGUGACAAGGGUUUUGAAGGAAAACCCUAGCCAGGUUGAACCCAAGUAUAAAAUUGGGGAUAAGUUGUAUACAUUGAAGGAGAAAGAGGAUUUGGGGAAGAAGGGGUAUAAUGGUAAUAAUGGGAUUUUUGAGAUUGUUAAGAAGUUGAAUUUGAAAGGGUUGAAUGGUGAUAAUAAUAAUGAUAGAGGUGGAGAUGGGGUUGGUUAUUCUCAUGAUGUUCAUUUGAAUGAUAUUUUGAGGAAGUUUAAGGGGAAGCUUUAUGUACCGGAACAGAUAUUUGUUGAGGAGUUGUCGGAAGAAGACGUGUUCGAUAGGGAGUUUGAAACGUUACCGAGAAUGAGCUUUGAUGAUCUCGGGAAAGCGAUAAGAAGUGGGAUGGUAAAGUUUAUGACUUUUAAGGAUGAUGAUAGGGUUGCUUAUGGGAAUAAAGAUUUCAUUGUCGAGUUGAAGGCGAUUCCAGGAGACAAGAGUUUGCAGAGGACUAAGUGGUCGGUAAAGCUAGACGGUGUUCAAGUACAAGAUGUUCUAAAGGAGUAUAACGGACCACGAUAUGAGAUCGAGACACAAACUAUGGCAUGGGUGGGAAAAGUGCCACAAUAUCCCGAUCCAGUGGCAUCAACAAUAUCAAGCAGGGUGAUGGUGGAACUCGGUGCAGUAACCGCCGCAAUUGCUGCAGCUGCCGUUGUUGUCGGCGGCUUUUUAGCUUCAGCAGCAGUUGCUGUAACAAGCUUUGUUUACGUGGGGACGGUGUACGCCAUCUGGCCUAUCGCCAAGUCGUUUCUUACCGUUCCAUUAGAUGUUGCCGUUAAUGUUUUAGAGAGAAUGGGUGAUGUCAUAUUAGACAUGUUCAUCUACGGUGGGAUUACCUCGAAGUUUCAAGAAAUGUAUUCGUUCGGGAUUUUUUCUUCCGCAUUUAAAAUAGCGAGACCGAUGUUGUUGGUUGGUGUAUGCAUGGUUAUUCUUCUUCGGUUCACUCUUUCUAGAAGGCCCAAGAAUUUCAGGAAAUGGGAUAUAUGGCAAGGGAUUGAAUUUUCUCAGUCUAAACCACAAGCUCGAGUUGACGGUUCAACCGGAGUUACAUUUGCCGAUGUGGCAGGGAUUGAAAUAGCAGUCGAAGAGCUCCAAGAGUUGGUCAAGUACUUGAAGAAUCCGGAAUUAUUUGACAAGAUGGGGAUAAAACCGCCUCAUGGGGUACUUCUAGAGGGGCCUCCAGGAUGUGGCAAGACCCUUGUUGCCAAGGCUAUAGCUGGUGAAGCUGGGGUUCCAUUUUACCAAAUGGCUGGGUCGGAAUUCGUCGAAGUCCUUGUUGGUGUCGGUUCGGCUCGUAUUAGGGAUUUAUUCAAGAGAGCCAAGGUCAACAAACCAUCUGUUAUUUUUAUCGAUGAAAUUGAUGCACUAGCUACAAGGCGUCAAGGAAUAUUCAGUGACAAGACAGAUGAUCUAUACAACGCUGCUACACAAGAAAGAGAAACUACGUUGAACCAGCUGUUGAUAGAGCUUGAUGGAUUCGAUACAGGAAAAGGUGUCAUAUUUUUGGGUGCUACAAACCGUAAGGAUUUGUUAGAUCCUGCACUUCUUCGGCCUGGACGCUUUGAUCGAAAGAUAAGAAUCCGACCUCCUAAUGCCAAAGGGCGGUUGGAGAUAUUGCAAGUCCAUGCUCGCAAAGUGAAGUUGUCAGAAUCAGUUGAUUUGUCCGUUUUUGCUCAAAACCUUCCUGGAUGGAGUGGUGCAAGACUGGCUCAGCUUCUCCAAGAGGCUGCUCUUGUAGCGGUGAGGAACAAACAUAAGUCGAUUCUUCAAUCAGAUGUAGCCGAAGCCGUUGAUCGGCUAACCGUGGGCCCUAAACGUGUUGCAUUGGAUUUGGGCCAUCAGGGUCAAUGCCGUCGAGCCACAUCCGAAGUUGGAACCGCAUUGACUUCCCAUCUUAUAAGGAGACUAGAGAAUGCAGCUGUUGAACCAUGUGACCGCAUAUCAAUAUAUCCUCGUGGACAGACACUAUCACAAGUUGUUUUCAAUCGACUCGAUGAUGAAAAGUAUUUAUUUGAACGCCGACCGCAGUUGCUUCAUCGCCUUCAGGUUUUACUUGGAGGGCGAGCUGCAGAAGAGGUAAUUUUCGGAAGAGAUACGUCAAAGGCAUCAGUAAAUUACCUCGCAGAUGCAACUUGGCUUGCCCGUAAAAUUAUAACAAUAUGGAACUUGGACAACCCAAUGGUGAUACAUGGAGAACCACCUCCGUGGAGAAGGCAGCCUAAAUUUGUGGGCCCACGGCUAGACUUCGAAGAAUCAUUAUAUGAUGAUUAUGGUCUAAUUGAGCCACCGAUUAACUUCAAUAUGGAUGAUGAAAUUGCAAGAAGAACGGAGGAGUUGAUAUCGAAUACGUAUGGAAAAACCGUUGCCUUGUUGAGACGCCAUCAUACCGCUUUGCUCAAAACCGUUAAGGUUCUUCUUCGCCAAAUGGAGAUGACGGGGGAUGAAAUCGACUACAUUUUGGAGAAAUACCCGCCAAAUACUCCGACAAGUCGGUUACUUGAGGAAGGAGAUCCAGGGAGCCUUUCAUUUUUUAAGCAAAAACAAGGACAAGAUGUUGAGUUGGAGUAUAGCAUCUUAAAUCAAUGACACUUUUUAAUGAUAACUGAUACUAGAAUUGCAAUCCUAUUUUUCUUCAAAUAUUGGUGUUUGUGAAAAAGGCAGCAGAAACUAGUUUUGUUGACAAGAGGACUUGUUGUUUUUAGAUGUGUGUGUAUAGGGGUUUUGUAGAAAUCUUGAAAAAAAAAACCAUUAUUUCCUACAAAAAUAUUUGUAUGUGAUCAGAAACUAGUUUUGUUGUUUUUAGGACAAUUAUUUGUAUGUUGAUUUCAACUAUUUUUGGUGUUUGUUAA